AAAAUGACAAACUCGGACGUGCAAGCGUGUGUACAAAUGAAAAGGGUUUGAAGAGGGGAGAGGCGGGGGCGGCCGUUUCGAAUCGCAUCUACUUCGAUUCCGUUACCCUUUUUUAUCACCGCUGUUCACGUCCGAUCGCCUCCUCCAUCGCGAGGAACACAAGUUUUGCAGAUUUUAGGCUUUAGCUUUGUUGAACCGUCAUGGCUUCAAAGCGUAUCUUGAAGGAACUUAAGGAUUUGCAGAAGGAUCCUCCUACUUCCUGCAGCGCAGGUCCUGUGGCUGAAGACAUGUUCCAUUGGCAAGCCACAAUUAUGGGGCCACCGGAUAGCCCAUAUGCUGGAGGUGUAUUUGUGGCAUCUAUUCAUUUUCCUCCAGAUUAUCCUUUCAAGCCCCCGAAGGUUGCUUUUAGGACUAAGGUGUUCCAUCCAAACAUCAAUAGCAAUGGAAGCAUUUGCCUUGAUAUUCUUAAGGAACAGUGGAGCCCAGCUCUUACAAUUUCAAAGGUCCUUCUCUCUAUCUGCUCAUUGCUGACUGACCCAAAUCCUGAUGAUCCUCUUGUACCCGAGAUUGCCCACAUGUAUAAGUCAGACAAGGCGAAAUAUGAAGCCACUGCACGCAGCUGGACUCAGAAGUAUGCCAUGGGAUAAUAGUUUUAGGAUAUCUCAAAAAUCAAGCUGAACUUUAUGAAUAUGUUUGGUUUGUUAUGCUUUGUUUUUCCAGUGGUUGUACAAGGGUUGCGGGCUGUUUGGUAGUUUUUGAUACAAAGAAACUAUGUGGGGUUCUGUGGGAAGUUGUUAGGGCGAUAAUGCUUUUUGUUUAUGUGUCCAGUUUCUUAUUAAAAGCUCCUUUCAUGCAA